CAAGAGAAAUGUAUACACUUUUCCUGCCUGGUCUAAGAAGAGACAUUGAAGUCAUGGAUCCUUCUGGUACACAGAGGAAAAAAGUAGCUAUUAUUGGGGGAGGCUUGGUGGGUUCUUUAAAUGCUUGUUUCUUUGCAAGAAGGGGUUUCUUGGUGGAAAUUUACGAAAGCCGAUCUGACAUCCGAAGUUCCAAUGCAGCUCGUGGCAGGAGCAUUAAUUUGGCCCUGUCUCACAGGGGACGGCAGGCUCUCAAAGCUGUAGGAAUGGAAGACCAGAUUGUGUCUAAAGGCAUCCCCAUGUGGGCGAGGAGGAUUCACAUGCUCUCAGGCAAGCAAUAUUCAAUUCCCUAUGGAACAAAAAAACAGUAUAUUCUUUCUGUGGAUAGAACAAAUUUAAACAAGGAGCUGCUAACUGCUGCAGAGAAAUAUUCCAAUACUAAACUAUACUUUGGACACAAACUGCUUCAUUGCCAUGUGGAAUCAGGGGUCCUGACCUUUUCAGGAUCAGACCAGAUAGCAAAAGAGGUCAUUUGUGACCUAAUUGUGGGCUGUGAUGGAGCCUUUUCUACAGUUAGGAAGCAGUUUAUGAGGCAAACACGUUUCGAUUACAGCCAAGAGUAUAUUCCUCAUGGAUAUAUGGAACUGAACAUUCCCCCAAAGGAUGGAGAUUUUGCAAUGGAGCCAAACUAUCUUCACAUCUGGCCCAGGAACACAUUCAUGAUGAUCGCACUGCCAAAUCUGGAUAAGUCAUUCACAUGCACCCUCUUCAUGCCUUUUGAAGAUUUUGAAGAGCUCAAAACAGGAGACCAAGUGCUGGAUUUCUUCAAAAUGUAUUUUCCAGACUCAAUUCCUCUAAUAGGAAAGCAAGAACUGAUGCAAGAUUACUUUUUGCUACCAGCCCAGGCAAUGGUAUCCGUGAAAUGCUCAUCAUACCACAUUGACUCUCACUGUGUGCUAAUGGGAGACGCCGCGCAUGCAGUUGUACCCUUCUAUGGUCAAGGCAUGAAUGCUGGAUUUGAAGACUGUCUGGUUUUUGAUGAAUUGAUGAGCCAGUUCAAAAAUGAUCUCUGUGUUUGCCUUCCAGAAUUCUCACAUCUGAGAGUACCUGAUGACCAUGCAAUUUCAGAUUUAGCCAUGUAUAAUUAUGUAGAGAUGCGGGAGCAUGUGAAUUCAAAGUGGUUCAUUUUCCGAAAGCACAUAGACAACUUUCUUCAUGCCCUCUUUCCUUCCGCUAUCAUCCCUCUGUACACUAUGAUCACAUUCUCCAGAAUUCGGUACCAUGAAGCAGUGCAAAGAUGGAAAUGGCAGAAUAAGGUAAUCAAGAGAGGCCUCUUUCUCACUGUGGCGGCAGCAGCACUGAGUAGCAUCUAUCUGCUUGGAAAAGGCGUAAAGCAAAAAACUGAUUUCUAGGUAGGGAACUUGUGGAGAAAGACUCUUAGUCUCAAAUUUUUGAAAAUGUUACACAAGUCCAUUAAACCAUAACAUGUAGAAAGGAAUGCUCAAAGUCUCAGUUAAAGCCUUGCUUUGAAAAUCAGUUCUUUAAAGUAUUCCAAAAGUAAGUGUGUCAUUUGAGAUGAGUGAUGGCGGAUCCAAGAGUUAAAGACCCAUUCAUAUUGUACUCAGUGGGAUUUUUGCCAUGGACUUCAGCAGAACUUCGUUGUCUUCCAGCAUCCUAAAGAAUUGGUGAACAUGUCAUAUAAGCUAGAUUCCCCAUAAGUUUGCUAAUGUAGUUUCUCAAAAGUUAAAAGACACACAUGUAUAAUAUCACCAACUAUUUCUGAAGACUUUUAAAGCUGCCAAAAGGCCAUAAUCCAUCCUAUAGAGAAUCAGCAAUAAACAACAUAUAAAAUUCA